AUGGAUUGCUUGCAAAGCUGCGUGGCUGGACUAUGUGCGUCCCUGGCCAGACGACGAUCCAGCGGAGAACACGGCUAUUUCGGUGAAGGACUUGCUGAAGUUGAAGCGCGUGAAGGGAGUAUCUUCAUCCCCGACCGGCUGGUCUUGGCCGAAGAUGGGGCACCAGGACCCAGUGAAGGGAAGCUUGGGGCGUUGGCAAUGGCAAUCAGCUACCGCUUGCUAGCAUCUGAGAGGAGAGAUGUUUGCCUGUUGCUCUAUCGCGGCUCUCGUGCCGGAGAGGGCCCAUUGCUCGCAGAUGUUGGAGCUGCUUUGAGUACCCCAGGUGCUGCAUCGGGAGCUAUUCAGAGUGCCCUGGAGCGACUUUCCUUGCGGCAAGCUGCGAAAAUGCCACUUGAAGGUGUGAUAGCUGUGGUGCUCGCUGCUGGAGGCCUUUCACUUUGCCCGACUCCGUCCUUGGUGGAUCGAGAGAUGAUGGCAUGGCACUUGAAGGCGCAGGUCCCGGUGCACUGCUUCUGGAUCUGUGGAGCAGGGUCUUCAGGUGCACGCUUGAAGCUUUGGUCCUCCACAGAGUUCAUUCUUUGGCCUUGUUUACGAUGGAAGUUGUCCAGACUUGAUCCAACAGCUGCCAUUCCUGUAUGCCCUGCACCUCAGGUGGCAGAGCUUUAUCCAUGGGCACGGCCGAGGACGCCUCUCAAAGUGGAGCAGUCCGAUCACCGGCGUCUCUUCCACGCGGUGCAACAGGCCAUUGAGGAGAAAGCUGCCUCGAGCUCAAGGGCUUGCAAGCUGGUGCUUGGCAUAUUGCUUACGAGUGGGCAGGUUCAGGUCUCAAGUCAGGACGACUGGCCACUGACGUUGCCUUGCCCGGGCUCUGCAGCGUGCCUGAACCAGGAGCUGCUCCAAAUGGUGAUGAGCUUGAAGGUGGCAAGCAUUGGGACUCAGCCGCGUGGUGCAAAACCCAACAUUGUAGAGGAGGAGGUUGAUCACUUCCUGCAGAGGGGGCGAGUGUCAGAUUCCAAUUUGAGUCGCUUGCAGCGCAGAGUCCAAGCGAAGCUGGGUCAGGGAGGGCGCAGCGCCUGUGGCUCUGUGAGCAGUUAUUCAGCAAGGACCGAAAGAUCUCGAAGUAGCUUUGUAGAGUCACCUCGGAGCUGUGCUUAUGAUGCACUUGUUCCACUUGCACUUCCAGAGGAAGGUGACAAGAUGCCAAGAGUGCCAGAGGAUGAGGUGCUUCGUUGGUCUAAUCUAGCUAAGCUCGCCACCAAAGCAGCACAGUUAGAAGACGCGCAGAAAAGAGAAGCCCAGCGAAAGGCUCAGCAGCAGAUGAGAGCAUGUCUUCAAGAACAAGUUGAACAAAAGACUCUCAGACAGAAGAAAGAUGCCGAAGAUGAGAUGAAGUUCUUCGAGUCACAGACCGCAGACUUAGAGCGUUGGAAGCAGGACCAGAAGAAACUGGCUGAAGAACGCAAGGAGAAAAUGAAGCAGGUGGUCCGCGAUCGAAAGGCCAACACAGAAGAAGUGCUUCGCUCAAAAGAAGUUGAGCGAAAAAGAAGGUCCAGCGAAGAUCGGAGGCUUAUUUUGCGGGCUGCGAAAGAGAUGGAGCUUGAGCGGCAAGCUGUGGAAGAAAGAAAGCAUGCCUCGCAAGUAGCGCAGUCAGUGUUGCUUCAGGACAUCAGAGCCAAGAAGGGGCCAAAGGAGGCUCGCCAAUUACGAAUCCAAGAAGAGAAGCAAGCUUUGGCUGAGUAUUCGUUGCUCUUGGAGAGGCAGGAGGCCAGGAGUCAAGAAUCAAAGCCACGGAUCCGUGAUCAAAACCCGGCAGCUCCACCCCAAGCAGCGCGAAAAGGUGUGGAGCUCUACUACGACCCUGACACAGUGAUGAGGAUUCGCAACGAGGCCCUGGCACGAGAGGAGCAAGUCGAUAAAGAGAAAGAAGAACGACAGAGGACAGAACGGCAGAUGAAUCAGGCCUACCUUUUUCAACAGAUCGCUGAGAGGGAAGAAAAGAAGAAGGUCAUCCUUGAAGAAGAAAAAGACCGCUUAAAAGCAGUGGAGGCCGCAGCAAAAGAGCAUCGAGUGGCUGAACAACAGCGACUACAUGCUGAAAAGAUGAAAAACUGCAGGUAUCGCUUGGAACUUGAUCGGCAGAUCCGCUUGAAGAAAACCAUGCAGCAAUUUCAGGAAGAUGAAAUGAGUGAAGCAGAAAAGGACAUGAACAGGCAAUAUGUCAUGGAAGCCAUCCAGAAGACUUCCGUCCCCUUUGAGGAGACACAGGGCUUCUAA